AUGAUCGCCAGGUUACGGACCAGGUUGGAUAAAACUGAAUCUGACCUGAUCCAAAGAUUAAAAUUCAACAAUCGCAUGCAACAACCGGAUGAAUCAGUUGAAGACUUUGUUCUGUCGGUCAAGCUACAGGCAGAGUUCUGCUCUUUUGGCGAUUUCAAAGAUCUCGCUAUUAGAGAUCGUAUUUUGGCGGGGGUGCGUGAAAAAUCCCUCCGAGGAAGAUUAUUAAAUGAGGAAAACCUUACUCUUGCCAUAGCAGAAAAAAUUAUUGCAACCUGGGAGCUAGCCGGUAAAAAUGCAAAAAAUUUGAAUAGUAAUAACGAAGACCAAUAUGGUCAGAUAGUUUCAAUGCAACAAGCUUCCCCAAAGAUAGGAUCAGCUAUGAAUAAAUUGAUGGCAGUUUGUAACGCAGUUAAUGCAAACAACGAAAGGGAACAUUUAAAUUCGCCUCGGGUACCUCUUAAGGAACGAUUGGGUUACAAGCCAUAUGACCAGAAACUCGACCACACUGUUAGAUCAAGAGGACAAAGCUGGAGAGAAACGGAAAAAUUUCGACCUGGUGAGUGGAGACAGAAGCUGAGCUAUGCGGACGUGAUUUGCCACUUUUGCGGAAUGAAGGGACACGUGAAGCGCAAGUGCUUCAAAUUGAAAAACAUGAGGCGAGGAGCAGUUAAUCUGGUGAGCCAGUAUCAGUCGGGACCAAGUGACGAUCACAGCAUCUCAGAUUUACUAAGCCGUAUGCGGACGGAGGACUCAGACAGCGAUAAUGAAGAUACAGGUGGAAACGGAAACUGGAAACGUUCGCCUAAUGGCUCAUCGAAAUCAGCUGAGGUUCACUACUGAUAAGACAUCGUCAAAAUCUACUGUAACGCUGUCCCUUCCGAACCGUACAGACAGAUUGCCGGUUGGCAAUAGUGAUGAUCAUCUCAGAACAUCAGCGGAGUCAGUAGUAGAGCCGCCCACAAGGAUCCGUAAGAGGAAAUAUUCUGAUAUUUUGCCUAAUUCUCCUUCUGGAACAAGGCGCUCGAAAAGAAAACGAACGACGAAGGUCGACAACGAUUUCGUUUAUGGUUAAACAGUUUAUAUUAUUAAGUUACAGUUUUAUAGUUGAAAUUUCGAAUGAUUUAUUGAAUUCAUGAUUUGUCAGAAGGGUUUCACUAUUGAA